AUGCAAGAGUACGACCACUAUGCGUACGACUACUCCUGCGAAACCUGCGAUGAAAUGUUCCGCACAGAGGAUGAUGCAGAUGAGCACAUGGCCGACUACGGCCACUAUGCUCCCCGGUUCCCGUGCGAAACAUGCGACAAGAUGUUCUACAGUUCUCGGGCGGCCAAUCGCCACAUGGAUUCUCUGCAGCACUGGGCUCCCCAGGUUGAAUGCGAGACUUGCGACGCAGUUUUCUACACACAGGAUGCUGCGAAUCGGCAUAUGACCGCAAAGGCACACUUCCGCAAUUACUGCCCCAGUUGUGACAGAUGGUUCCAAAACGAAAACAACCUGCAGCAGCAUCUGAAAUCGAAGAUUCACCUCGGCCAGAACAUGCUCUGCCCCUUCUGCAAGAACACGCUCACCACGGCUAGUGGAGUGGCUCAUCAUCUCGAGACCGGCUCCUGCACUUGUGCUCCCAAUCUCAACCGCGAGUCCAUCCAUGACCUGGUGCGUCGUCUUGACAAACAAGGCAAGAUUACAAACAAGCUGCUUGAGUGGCAUGGUAGUGAAUCCGGUGAAUAUUUGGUUUCCUCAAAUGCCUAUAAUGGGAGUGCCUGGGAGUGCUAUAUAUGCCAUAGACCGUUCAAAACUUCAUCCGCGCUCAGUCAGCACCUGAACUCACCUACGCAUAAGCAGCGAAUCUAUCAUUGUCCCAAUGUCAACCGCUGUGGCAAGCAGUUCAGCGCUUUGGCCGCUUUGUUCAACCACCUAGAGAGCGAAUCUUGCUCCUGUAUGAGAUUUGAGAAUGUCCAGAGGAAUGCGCAAGGCCUUCUUAGGGGGAUGAAGCUCAUAGGAUUUUGA